GGGCCAGAUCUGAAUAAAAGAAAUCCUUCUCGUGUUAAACCAGACGAGAAUAAAAGAAUCCAAAGGAACUCCGGCUUCUUCGUCCUGCAUCAACAUCGGUCUCCGCUCUGCAAACCACUGCUUGGAUCCGGCGAACUCACUACGUUGCUCUUUUCUUAUUACCCCCACACUCAUUUUAUGCCCAAUGUUUCAGGCUGCUUCUGUAAAUAGCUAAACAAAAGUCAAGGACCAUGCAACCUGGGGCAGAUAAAAUCGCAGAUGUCCCCGCUAGACCUGCCCCAUUUCUACCAUCCAACCCACAGAAUCCUCCUCCAUUCACAUCUUCAGGGCCUGUGGUCGGGGUUGGCAGUUCUCGACCCACUUCGCCCUUCAUAUCAUCAAGGCCAAUAGCUGGUUCUGUUCCAUCAAUUGCACCUGGAGCUUCUAUGCCAAAUUUUCCUAGGGCCAUGGCUGCUUCGGACUCAUCCUGGAUUCCCCCACCAGUUAGGUUUAAUGGUCCUGCAAAUGUUCCACCAUCAGCUUACAGCAAACAAGACACAAGUGUCUACCAGCCAACACAAGCUCCAAGGUUCACGCCACCUGCUCAACCUGUGCCUCCUUUUGGCAUCACACCUCAAGCAGGACCACCAGUUAUACCCCCUUCUGGGUCUCUUCCAUCAAGCCAAAUAUCACCAGUUCCAAUUAGCAUUCCCUCCGUAGCUUCAAACCAAAUGACUCCCAGUGCCAAUUUCCCUCUACCUCCUUUCCAGCCAUCUUUAUCUGCACCAAGGCCGCCUGGUCCACCUCCACAGCCACCUUUACAAGCAGAAUACAACGCGCCUCCAAGAGGUAGUGUGCCUCAGUCACCUGUAAAUAUGAGGUUUUCUGCCCCUGGUUCUAUUUCACAACCACCCCUUCAGACAUUUCCUGCAACUCGUCUUCCUCAUCAUCCUCCCCAAGGCGGAUUUGCAGCCCCACCACCUCCUCCUAUCGGCGCACCAAUAGGCUUUGCAUCCAGAGAACAAAUGCAAUAUGCUAGUGCAGCUCCUCCUUUGGGAGGUUCCGUUCAAGGGCUUAUAGAAGAUUUUCAGUCAAUAACACUUGGGUCUGCUCCUGGGUCAGUUGAUCCUGGACUGGAUUUUAGAUCUUUGCCAAGGCCAUUUGAUAAUAAUGAGGAGACAAUUUCUGUCCUUGAGAAAUACCCUUUCAACUGCCAUCCAAGAUUCUUGAGGUUGACAACUCAUGCAUUACCGAGCUCUCAGUCGUUGCUUGCACGCUGGCAUUUACCUUUAGGAAUUGUGCUUCAUCCUUUGGCAGAAGUUCCAGAUGGAGAUGAGGUGCCCAUUGUCAAUUUUGGACUGGUUGGCAUUGUUAGGUGUCGAAGGUGCCGAACCUAUAUCAAUGCAUAUGUGACUUUCACAGAUGCUGGAAGAAAGUGGCGCUGCAACAUUUGUUCUUUGAUGAAUGAUGUUCCUGGGGAGUACUUUUGUGCUUUGGAUGCUAAUGGUAGAAGAUGUGAUCUGGAACAAAGGCCCGAGCUUUCAAAAGGUAGCGUUGAAUUUGUUGCUCCAACUGAGUAUAUGGUGCGGCCACCUAUGCCACCAUUAUACUUUUUUGUUAUUGAUGUAUCAGUUUCUGCAGUUCGAAGUGGUCUUCUUGAGGUUGUCGCAAGAACCAUAAAAUCCUGCCUUGAUGACCUACCCGGCUUCCCAAGAACUCAAAUUGGCUUCUUAACUUUUGACAGCACUUUACACUUCUACAGUUUGAAGUCUUCCUUGUCGCAGCCCCAAAUGAUGGUGGUAGCUGAUCUGGAUGAUAUAUUUUUACCAUUGCCAGAUGACCUUCUUGUGAACCUAUCUGAUUCAAGAAACGUUGUGGAUGCAUUUUUGGAUAGCUUGCCGACCAUGUUUCAGGAUAAUGCAAAUAUGGAAUCUGCUUUUGGCCCCGCUCUAAAAGCUUCAUACAUGGUUAUGAGCCAACUUGGAGGAAAGUUGCUCGUCUUCCAGAGCACUUUACCUUCUCUUGGUGUUGGCCGUCUAAGAUUACGUGGAGAUGAUCUUCGUGUAUACGGAACAGAUAAAGAGCAUAACUUAAGGAUAGCCGAGGAUUCAUUUUAUAAACAAAUGGCUGCAGAUUUUACAAAGAACCAGAUUGCAGUAGAUAUAUAUGCCUUCAGCGAGAAGUACUCUGACAUAGCAUCUCUAGGAACUCUUGCAAAAUAUACUGGAGGCCAGGUGUACCAUUAUCCAUCUUUUAAGGCAGUUCCACACCAAGAGAAACUAAAACAUGAACUUACAAGGGACCUUACACGGGAAACUGCUUGGGAAGCGGUGAUGCGCAUUCGAUGUACCAAAGGUGUACGGUUUACCACGUAUCAUGGGCAUUUCAUGCUUAGGUCUGUUGAUUUGCUAGCUCUUCCAGCUGUUGAUUCUGAUAAGGCCUUUGCAAUGCAAUUGGCUUUAGAGGAGACCUUGCUAACCACUCAAGUUGUGUUCUUUCAAGUUGCUUUACUCUAUACUUCUUCUUCAGGUGAAAGGCGUAUUAGAGUCCACACAGCUGCAGUGCCUGUGGUACCCGACCUCGCUGAAAUGUACCGCCAAGCAGAUACUGGGGCCAUUAUCUCCCUAUUAAGUAGACUGGCUAUUGAGAACUCUUUGUCGAAUAAGCUGGAUGAUGCUCGUCAGUUGAUACAGUUGAAGAUUGUGAAAUGCCUGAAAGAGUAUCGCAACCUUUAUGCUGUGCAGCAUAGGCUGAGUGGGCGGAUGAUAUAUCCUGAAUCUUUGAAGCUAUUGCCACUAUAUGCAUUGUGCCUAUGUAAAUCUGCAGCGCUUCGUGGGGGUUUUGCCGAUGCUUCUCUAGAUGAACGUUGUGCUGCUGGUUAUAGCAUGAUGAUUUUACCUAUAAGAAGGUUGCUCAAACUUUUGUACCCUAGCUUGAUUAGAAUCGAUGAGAUCAUUAUUAAGGCUGCUGAUUCUGAAGACUCUCUUAAACAGCUACCGUUAAGUGUAGGGAGCUUAGACUCCAGAGGUCUAUAUAUCUGUGAUGAUGGAUUUAAUUUUGUUUUUUGGCUUGGCCAGAUGCUUUUAGCUGAUAUCGUCAAUAAAAUUCUUGGUGUUGACUCGUCCAUGUUUCCUGAUUUAUCGAAGGUUCAAUUCUGUGAACAGGACAAUGAUGUCACAAGAAAGAUAAAGAUGAUUCUACGACAAUUAAGGAAUAGCGAUCCUUCAUAUUAUCAACUCCUCCAUGUAGUAAGGCAAGGCGAACAACCAAGGGAAGGCAUCUUGUUUAUAUCAAAGUUAGUCGAGGACCAAUUUGCAGGUGGCAGCAACUACUCUGAUUGGAUUCUUCAGAUACACCGCCAGUCUCUAAGUCCAUGAGCUUUCAGGUGAGCCCACCAUUGUAGUUCUGGAUUGGUGCAAAGGUUUUUUUUUCCCUGCUGCUUUUGUUGAGCUUGGUUUCUUUAUCCCUUCAAAAGUUAAGUCCUGCUUAAUGCCUACCAAUUAGAAUGCUCAACAUUUUGUAAAAUUUGGCUUUUGCGUAUUCGUUUCUCUUGAAUUAUAUUUUUUACAAAAUCUAUUUUUGACCACUUCUUUAAA